AUGAGCACUAACAACACGCCAGGGACUAAUGUGCCCACUCCAAGGAUUGUGCCUUUCCGCUUGGCGUUGCCCUACGACGGUGAUCCAAAACCCUUCACACAGCUUACACAUGAGAUCAAAUGGACACCAAGCCCACCGCAGAUCGGCACUCUGAUUGAGGACAUGGCUUAUCUACCAAACGCAAAAGACCACGACUUAGAAGAAUUCCUCCGGGAUCUCCUAAAAGCAAAAUGCUCCGUCGACAUUGGUCACCGAGAAGAAAGUGGUCAAUGUAGAGGCCGACUAGCUCUCGACUGGCAAUGCUUUGAUCAUAAUGAAGAAUGGUAUGAAGGGGACAUAGGUAAAGAUAUGAGGGAAAUAUUUCGUCGGAUGUUCAGGCUGGGACUUAGAGAGCUUGUUCUGGUUAUUGGACAACUAGAAGUUAUGGAGCUCGUCAAACAACAGGACCCAAAGAGCUUCAUCCUUGUCAGGCCAGAUAUAGACGGCACCUACGCCGAAUUCGAGGAUGACUGUUACGAAUGGAGAAAUUUUCUGAGAAAAUCCAAUAUGGAACCUUGGGAAGGAGAAAAGACAUUUCAAGAGGUGGAAGAAGGCAUCAAAAGAGCAAUAGCUGGUUCAGAGAGUGCGUGGCGCGAUUUUUGCGGACCAGAAAUUGGGCGCAUGGACCACGAGACUUUCUACAGAUUUUACAAAAAGUGGAUAUGCGGCAAGGGUACGGAGGAGGAGGCGUUGAAAAUCGCAUUCAUGGAGCUUCGAGAAGCAUGA